AUGAGUCGACCUGUCUGGAUAUGUCUGGAUAUCUGGCUCCUCCUGUCCUUCUUCUUCGUCCAUAAAUCCAGUCACUCACAACAAACAUUUGAGAAUCGACUAACUGAGCGAUGGGCUUUGGACUUUGGCAGAGGAUGCCCGCUGGACCUUGUUGUACAGACGCUAAUCAUAAAUACAGAGGCGAAACUGGCGCGACCUUUAUCGGCCGCAGAGCUCCUCUGUCGACCUUUGCCCUCCGAUCAGUCUUCCGUCCCGAAGCUACUCCAUCAGAGCUGGAAGACCAACGAGCUCCCCCUUAAGUUCGAGAAAUGGAGCACUGUUUGCCGCGAAAAACAUCGUGACUGGGAGUGGGUGUUAUGGACCAACGAGGACAACCUCAACCUGGUGAAGAAAGUUUAUAUCGAUCUCGACACCGAUUGCCUCCGUCCUACCUCAGCCGCCUUCAAGGCCUUCGACAUCCUAAACGCUGAGAACACCACUGCUAGCGUCGACGGCGAGCAAAUAAACCAGUUCGCUAUAUUUAGGCGCAUGGGCACUAACGAGAGCUUCGAGAACUCGAUCCCGAAUGCGUAG